ACACCCUCCUUGUGCAAGAACCCAGAGCCCCAGGUGCUGAAGGCUGAGGGCUGCAGAGGAACUGCAGAGACCCAGAAGCCAUGGUGUUUCCAUGGAAAUGCCAGAGUGCUCCACAGGGCUCAUGGAUCAUCCUCAAGCUGUGGGUCUGGACGGUGCUCUGUUGUGACUUCCUGGCACACCAUGGAACUCACGGCUGGACUUACCACUAUUCUGAAAAAUCCAUGAACUGGGAAAAUGCUAGAAAGUUCUGCAAGAAAAAUUACACAGAUUUAGUGGCCAUACAAAAUAAGAGAGAAAUUGAAUAUUUGGAGAAGACAUUGCCCAAAAACCCAACUUAUUACUGGAUAGGAAUCCGGAAAAUUGGAAAAAUAUGGACAUGGGUGGGAACCAACAAGCCUCUCACUAAAGAAGCAGAGAAUUGGGGAGCUGGGGAGCCCAACAAUAAGAAGUCCAGGGAGGACUGUGUAGAGAUCUAUAUCAAGAGGGAACGAGACUCUGGGAAAUGGAAUGACGAUGCCUGCCACAAACGAAAGGCAGCUCUCUGCUACACAGCCUCUUGCCAGUCUGGGUCUUGCAGUGGCCACGGAGAAUGUGUGGAAACCAUCAACAAUCACACCUGCAACUGUGAUGAUGGGUUUUAUGGACCACAGUGUCAGUAUGUGACUCAGUGCCAGGCUCUCACAGCGCCUGGUCUGGGAGCAAUUGAAUGCAGUCAUCCCUUGGCCAACUUCAGCUUCUCUUCUGCUUGUACCUUCACCUGUGGAGAAGGAACUGACUUAAUCGGGGAGAGAGAAACCAUCUGCGGGUCAGCUGGCAUCUGGUCUAACCCCAGUCCAAUAUGUCAAAAGACAGACAGAAGUUUCUCAAAGAUCAAGGAAGGCAACUAUAACCCCCUCUUCAUUCCGGUGGCUGUCACGGUUACUGCAUUCUCCGGUCUGGCAUUUAUCAUUUGGCUGGCAAGGAGGUUAAAAAAAGGCAAGAAAUCUCAGAAAAGGAUGGAUGAUCCAUAUUAACUCAUCCUUUGUGAAAGGGAAAGUCAUGAUGUACUAAAAAAACCAUUGGGAAACAACUUCAUCUCUUCCUGAAGAGAUUUUUGCAUGCAGGCAUCUCCCACAAUGAAGAUGAAAUGUUUGUUUCAGUUAUCUGGAAGGAUUUCUACCUGGCCAACAGCUCCCCUAAGCUCUUCCCUGCUUCCUCAUCCCCAUAACCCUAGCCCAUAAUUUUUGUUUCUAUAGAUAUAAAUCAGUAUUUUAUUAUCUUGUCUGUGAAGGAACAAAUAAGAUAUCUGCUUUUGCUCUUUUCUAACUUGUUUUCUACUUCCGUACCAUAUCUAAUGCCAAACACAGUGAAAGUCUGAUACAUGUGUCACUAAAAACUCAGAUUCCUUGCACAUAGUCCAUAAACUAUGUUAAAGUUGAUAAAAAUCUUUACUUUCCACUUCAAAAUAAUGGUGUUCUAUUCAAGGUGCAAUCUCCUUUGCACUGUAGCCCCACUUUUUGUGAGUGGAAGCCAAUGUAGUUGUUCACACUCACCUUCCCUAUCUCCUCUUCUUAGGUGGCUAACUUCCACACACAGCAUCUCAUAGCCACCAAACAAAAGAGAAAAUUGCCUGCACUGACUUUUGAGUUUCUCCUUCUCUUUAUUAGGUCUCUCUAGGUUCCUUGAGGUCAAUGUUCUGAUGAUCACUGAUUGCUAUAAAUGAUACAGCACACUGUCUUGAAGCUGUGGGUAAUACUGAUAUUAGGAAAAUGAGUUAAAAUAGGUAGAAAGAUUCCUGGGCUCAUACUGGAAGAACACCUUCUCCUUUCCUUAAUUUCUCCUACUCAGAUAUGUAAAUUCUAUACUUCAAGUCUCAGGACAGCUGUCCCUGAGCCCUGCCCACUUCUUUUAUACUAGCUUUUAUACUAUCUAAUUUUUUUUUGGCUUUACUCUGCAAGAUCUGUAACAUGAUGCAUUUAAAUACAGUCCAUUUUUUGGACUGUUACUUAAUCUGUUGUUCUUGUAUGAGAAUGUAUGUUGGUUUUUCCUCAUUUAGAUUGGACUUUUCUUGAGGGAAGAAAAUAUGCCAGAUCUCUAGAGUUCCUAAUUUGUUACUUGACAGUUGGUACCUUGUUGGAUCACAGUUCAGGAAUAAAGCUGUAUGAGGAGAUUUCUGAGAGCUUGUGAGAAAACUCCAAGUAAACAAGACCAGAGACCUGUGAGCUCUGCUCCUUUACAAUGUGGGUAUCUCUUUGGAAUGUAUUCUUGUGCCCCUCCUGGUGUAAAUGGGAGUGGGUUUCCUUCAGAUUACCCAUCAUUUUACUCUUAUUAAAUAAUGCUUCCAAGCACGGGUUGUCCUUGUGACUGUAUUUGAACUAAUGUGGCCUUGCCCUUUGACUGUAUAAGCCAAAACUCAUGUGACCUUGCCCUUGUGACUGUAUACUGCCUGAAAUCUGAAACUUUGCACAAAUGAUUUUGCCUAACCUUCAAAAUACAAACUUUCUGAUGCCCUGAAUAAAGAGUUGACUAUUGCAUGA